AUGGAUACCUUCUGCUUCGUCUGCUUCCAGAAAGAGGAGCUACAGCCCUUGCAAAUGAACAGUGCGACAAUGAGUGCUGGCUCGAUCGAGCAGGAGCCGUCGCGCAAGCUGGCCUGCUGCGGGGUGCCCCUGAUCACCGAGGACAUGCAGUCGCUGGCUAUCCGCACCCUCUCCGGCACCGACAUCAACAAGCACUAUGACCUCAUCCGCGAGCUUGGCAAGGGCACCUACGGCAAGGUGGACCUGGUGUCCCACAAAAGCACAGGCACCAAAAUGGCGUUGAAGUUCGUGAACAAGAGCAAGACGAAGCUGAAGAACUUCUUGCGGGAGUUCAGCAUCACCAACACGCUCUCCUCCAGCCCCUUCAUCAUCAAGGUCUUUGACGUGGUCUUUGAGACUGAGGAUUGCUACGUCUUCGCUCAGGAGUACGCGCCUGGUGGGGACCUCUUUGACAUCAUCCCGCCACAGGUGGGCCUCCCCGAGGACAUGGUGAAGCGCUGUGUGCAGCAGCUGGGCCUGGCCCUGGACUACAUGCAUAGCAAGAACUUGGUGCACCGGGACAUCAAGCCGGAGAACGUACUGCUCUUUGACCGUGACUGCCGCCGGGUGAAGCUGGCCGACUUCGGCAUGACCCGCAAGGUGAGCUGCCGGGUGAAGCGCAUCAGCGGCACCAUACCCUACACGGCGCCCGAGGUGUGCCAGGCCGGCCGGGCCGAAGGCUUCGCCGUGGACACCAGCAUCGACGUGUGGGCCUUCGGGGUGCUCAUCUUCUGCGUCCUGACCGGCAACUUCCCCUGGGAGGCAGCCUCUGCCUCGGACACCUUCUUUGAGGAGUUUGUGCGGUGGCAGAAGGGGCGCCUGGCAGGCCUGCCAUCCCAGUGGCGGCGCUUCACAGACAACGCCCUGCGCAUGUUCCAGCGUCUCCUGGCCCUGGACCCCGAGAAGCGCUGCCCUGUCAAGGAGGUCUUCUACUUCAUCAAGUAUGACCUGAUGUCAGAGGUGCGCCGCCGGCCCUCCUACCGCUCCCGCAAGCAUGCCGGAGAUAAGCUCUCCGCCGGCCCCCACCGCCAUGAGACGCCCAGCUCCUGCACCCCCACCCCGCUCAAGAGAACCAUCCUGACGGAAGGCAGUGGCCCCCGGCUCUCUGCCUCCGAGCCAGGCCUGCCCUCCCCCGGGGGAGCUAGCCGGACGGACGGGCGGCAGGACAAAGGCAAAGGGCAGAUGGUCCUGGCCACAGCAAUAGAGAUUUGUGUCUGA